AUGGACGGCAUAUGGGAUCACAGGGCCUGGUUUGACUUGAAAAUAUGUUUUCCAGAUGAUGACAACGGAAGUAGGAUUAUGUUCACUAUUCGGCAUAAACAUGUAGCUUUGCUGUCCAAACCCAUGAGUUUCCCUCCUCUUUCUCUGCGUUCUCUAUCUCCUGAUGAGAGUUGGAAUAUCUUACGACAAAAGAUAUUUCAAAAAGAAACCUGCCCUUCAGAGCUCAUUGAGAUAGGAAAGCAAAUAGCACAAAAGUGUCGAGGACUACCACUUUCAAUCGUUGUGGUAGCAGGAAUUCUUAGAAAUGAAGAGAAGAGUCGAGAGUGGUGGAAGCAGGUGGGGCAAACCUUAAAUUCACAUAUGGCUAUGGACCAAGAACUGUGGACUAAGAAAAUAGCACUGAGUUAUAACCACUUACCUCCUCACUUGAAACCGUGCUUUCUCUACUUGGCAAUAUUUCCAGAGGUCUUCGAAAUUCUUGUGUGGAAGUUGAUUUUGUUAUGGGUUGCUGAGGGAUUUAUAAGAAAGAAAGGUAAAAAAAGGUUGGAGGAUGAAGCUGAGGAAUACUUGAUGGAUUUAAUAGGUAGAAGUCUAGUGUUAGUUUCCGGAAGAGGGUAUGAUGGUCGAAUCAAAGCAUGUGGUAUUCACGAUUUGUUGGGUGAAUUUUGCCUCCAGAAAGCCACGGAAGAGUAUUUUCUUCAGCAAAUUAUGGGUAAUCUACUCGUUUCCUCUUCUUCUUCCUCCUCGUCCUCGAAGUCGAGUAUUCCUCUUACGUGCAUUGAUAGUUCUCCUGCUCAAAAGUACACCCACUCUUUGUUUCCCUUCCACAAUGGUUGCGAUGAAUAUCUUGGCAUGGGGGUCCUAAUCACCGUUUCAAACUUCUGA